UGGCAGGCUCAGGACGCGUCGAGCCCCCGUCGGUGUGCUCCGCGAUCGGUGCCGUGAACGGUGGAGCGGUGCAUGUGUGUGACUCAGUGUCAGUGCCAGUGAGUGAGUGCGGCCCGUACCCGUGACGUCAUCUCGUGGAUAGUGACGUCAUGUGACAUGGCCACCCUGUGCGGCAUGGCGGUGCCCCCCGGGCGUCGCUCGCGCGCCAACAGUUUGGACGGCGAGGCCGACUUCUACCGCAUCGCGGCCGAAGUGGCCGCCGGCAACUUCAUCCGCGGCACCUUCGCGACGGCCACGGGGCUGCGGAGGCCCGCCAGGAGCGAGGACGUCGUCCGCCGGCGCGCCACCACCCUGGGACUGCCGCAGGGCCUGGACCAGCCCGUCCAGCUGCGGCAGCCGUCCUCGGCGGACCUCAACACGCCGCGGAUAGACAGCUACCGCUUCUCCAUGGCCAACCUGGAAGACUCGCAAGAUGUCGACCUGGACGCCAUCCUGGGCGAGCUGUGCGCGCUCGAGUCCCAGUGCGACGAGGCCAUCGCCGAGGGUAGCGGCCUCGGCCUCGGCCCCGCCGGCAAGCGCACCUCGGCGCCCGUCCACGGCGCGCCCGGCCUCGGGUCGGGCGGCCAGACCGGCCUCGGCCUGGGCAUGGCCCUCAACAGCCACUCGCGGUCCAACUCGGACGGCCACCGGGACUUCAUGUGCAAGACCAGCUCGGUGCGGACCGACUCCCCGGACAACGACUCGGCCUUCUCCGACAAUGUGUCCAUGCUGUCCAGCGAGAGCUCGGCGUCCAGCGGAGGCAGUGGAGGCAGCAGCGGCCAGAACAACGCCUGCCUCGCGCCCUCGCCCACACAGAUGGACGCCGCCAAGGCGGAGAAGAUCCGCAUCGCCCUGGAGAAGAUGCGGGAGGCAGCCGUGCAGAAGCUCUUCAUCAAGGUGUUCACGUCGGACGGCUCGGCCAAGUCGCUGCUCGUCGACGAGAAGAUGACGGUGGGCCACGUGACGCGCCUGCUGGCCGACAAGAACCACGUCAACCUGGAGCCCAAGUGGGCCGUGCUGGAGCACCUGCCCGAUCUGCAUAUGGAGCGCGUCUACGAGGACCACGAGCUGCUGGUGGACAACCUGAUGAUGUGGACGCGUGACUCGAAGAACAAGCUGCUGUUCCUGGAGCGCGCCGAGGAGCGCACCCGCCUCUUCCUGCAGCCCGAGGCCUUCCUGCUGGGCAAGCAGGAGUGCGCCGACUUCGACGACCACGCGCGGGCGCUGCUGCUGGAGGAGUUCUUCUCGUCCCCCGGCGUCGGCGUGCCCGAGGUGGAGGGCCCGCUGUACAUCAAGUCGGACUCGAAGAAGGGCUGGAAGAAGCACCAGUGCGUGCUGCGCGCCUCGGGCCUCUACUACCACCCCAAGGAGAAGGCCAAGGUGUCGUCGCGCGACCUCGUGUGCCUCGCCACGUUCGACGUGAACCAGGUGUACUACGGCGUGGGCUGGAAGAAGAAGCACAAGGCGCCGACCGAGUUCUGCUUCGCCAUCAAGCACCCCAAGCUGCAGCAGCCCAAGUCGGCGAAGCACAUCAAGUUCCUGUGCGCCGACGACGCGGACACGCUGCACCGAUGGGUGGUCGGCAUCAGGGUGGCCAAGUACGGACGCCAGCUGCAGGAGAACUACCGGUCGCUGUCGGAGGAGCUGGCCCAGGAGGAGCUGGACCGGCUGGCCAAGGCGCGCAGCUGCUCCGUGGCGUCCAUCCACGCGUCGUCCAUGUCGCCGGCCUCCAUGCUGUCGCCGGCCGGCCUGGGGCUGAGCAGGCUGGGCAGCAUCGUGCCCUCGUCGGGCGCGUCGUCGUCGUCCUCCAGCGGCUGCCUCAGCGACGCCGGCCGGUCCUCGUCCACGGAGCAGGACAACGACCUGGACGUGCGCAGCAUGGGCGGCUUCGAGUGCGAGUUCCCGUCGGGCACCAUCAAGAGGAAGCCGUCAGCCAUCCCGUCGCUGCCGCUCACCAGCACCACGCGGCAGAUCAUCGAGAACGGCGAGGACGAGAACGACAAGGCCGGCGGCGGCACGCUCACGCGGCGGCUCAGCCGGCGGCGGUCCACCAUGGCGGACGCGGACGGCGCCAGCAUCGGCAGCAGCGGCAGCAACUCGUCGACGCUCAAGAGGCACACGACGUACAGCGCGUGCCGCGGGUCGCCCAGCCACGCCAGCCCCGUCGCGUCGCCCAGCCACUUGAGCCCCCUGGACGCCGCCACCCCCGUGGCCAUGAGCCCCGCGUCGGCCACGCCGACCGCCUCGCCCGUCCCGAGCAUCGGCGCCGUGCCGCACAGCCCCGUGUUGUACGCGUCAGUGGCGUACGCGUCGCUACCCGUGGUGCCGCAGGGCGUGAACGGGCACGGCCUCGGCCACGGCGACGAGGUUGACGGCGCGGGCUCUGACCUGGAGAGUCUUCCCUUGCCGCCGCCCCCGGAGCUGUCGCAGAGCACGCUCAGCCUGGACUCGCUACCGCCGCCGCCCGCCCCCGGCGAGCUCUACAACGGGGAGCUGAGCGGCAGCUCGCUGUCCCUCGCCUCGCUGCCGCCCCCACCUCCCAGCCCGCCGCCCCCAGCCCCCGCCAAGAAGAUCUCGUUCAAGUUGCCGCCCAGGAGCUGCAGCCCCGAGGAGGUGCAGUACGACCAGCCCCGCGUCCAGUACGGCAGCAUGCAGUACGACAGCAUGCCCAGCAUGCCGCCCGAGAUGCCCGAGCUGCCGCCGCACCCCAUCCUGCAGGCCAAAUCCGUGCUGAGGAACGGCACUGCCAACGCCACCAACGGCCACGGCCCCGCCUACGCGCACACGGGCUCCAUGCCGCACCAGAACGGCCACAAGAAGAUCAGCUUCAACCUGGGCGAGGACGGCAUCGUGAACGGCGGCCGCGACGACCGGAAGACGGCGUCGCUCGGCCACCAGAAGCGCAUCACCUUCAAGCUGCCGUCGCCCAGCGACGAGCGGCCGCCCAUGAGGGUGCCGCCGGUGCCGGCCUUCGCGGGGGAGGCGCCGCCGCUGCUGGCCAGGAAGCCGUUGCCGCCGCGGCGCAGCGAGAACACGAGGCUCAGCUCCGGGCCCCUGCCCGAGCCCGAGCCGGACUUCCUCAAGGACCUGCAGAGGGUGAUGCAGAGGAAGUGGCAGGUGGCGCAGAAGUGCAAGCAGGAGCCCACCACAACCCCCCACGAGGUUCUUGGUUUCCGGGACCCGCCUCCGCCAGUAGCGGACUACAAGGAAACGAAUGUUAGUAAUUGGGUACAAGAGCAUUAUGGUACCAGUGAGGAUGAAUUGGACAAUUUGUAUGAGAAUGUUCUGAACCGAAUACCCGAAUUAAGCUGUGAUACAAGGACUGUGGCACAAUAUGCUAUGCCAGCACCUGUGCCAAAUCAGCAAAGUGCCAUCGCCCUGGCCGCCGCCAAAAAGCGGCCGCCCCCACCUCCUCCCAAGCGCAGUGAAACAACACACCUGACUACGUACAGUAGUCCUCAGAGGAUGCACUGAUGAUGUUAGGUGAUUUUUGUUUUUUAAAUAGCCAAGAGACUUUUUCUUUAAAUAUUCAGAAUUUGUUGAAAAUACAGUACUGAAUUUUGUGACAAGUGGUUGAUGUACCAUUGGUCAUUCUCAAGAUGCCAUGUGAACUUUAAUGUAAAGUGAAUGUAUGUGUGAGCUUGUUAAUGAUUGAUUUAUUUGGGUAUGAGUAAGAUUGCCCAGGUCUGGCAUAUUUAUAGUUUGUUAUACUGCCCUUAAAGUGUUGCUGAUAGCUUUGAUAGUGUGUGAUUGUUGAAGCUUCUGUUUUCAAAUGUUUCAAAGCCAAAAUUCAGAUAUGUUUUGUAUAAGAGACCUCAGUUUUCUCAAUGUCUUUAUUGUACUUUUUUUAAAUUUUGAGCUUGAACAACUUUUGUUCAGGCUCCAAACCAUUUUAUAAAGUUUGAAACAUUGCCGAACAUUUGAUAAUCAAGUUUUACGACUGUUCUGUACUUCGAGCUUAAUUCCAAUUGUGUUCACAAAAUUUCUUUGCACUUCAUGUGCAGUGUCAAAAAGACUUCCUGUUUCGUUAGCAAUUUCCAAAAUCCAUAUUUGACUGAGUUUUGAUUUAUCUAUUCUUUCGUACUCCUUUUGCUAUGAAAUUCUUUAACCUUGUUCAGGCAAGAAUAAUACUUUGUGAUCAAUGUACUUAUAUGUCUGUUAACUGUCAUUAAUCAAGGCCAUUAGAAGAUUUGUAAACUGGACUUACUGUUAUACUUUUUGUUUUACCAUAAAGAGACCAAUUUUUACUCAAAAUUGUUUAGGCUCUUGUUUUCCUUGUCUGAUUUUAAUGUUCAUGUCAAUAUAGUAUACAAUCAGCAACACUAAGUGAUAUGUUAUGAAUAAAAAUUCCUUCUUGAAAUAGAUCAUUAAGAAUGGGAGACCCCUUUGAGGUAAUGAAAUAUUGAAAUCCUCAACUUAGUCAUUAAUUUUUAAACAGAAAAUUGUAUAUUGAUGGAGACCCCAUUCACUGAUCUCUGUGAAUAUGAAAUGUUAAUUUAUAGUGUAAUGUAGUAUGUGUUCAAUUAUCAUUUCUUUUGUGUCAUUUCAUGUAGAUUUAUUAGUAACCAUCCCAAAGAUAAAUUUCUUUGUUUUGUACUGCUGUUUUAGAUAUCUCUCUCGUUUAUUUAACAAAUUGAUUUUGAGUUGUGAAAAUCACCUGCAAAAUUUUAUUUUAUUUUGUUUUUUUUUUUCUGUUUGGUCUUAAAAAAUUUUAGGUAGCCUAAAGGAUAUUUCUUUGCUGCAUAUACAGGGUACGUCUACAUCCAAGUGAGCUUGGUUUGGAGUGCAAUUAUUCAUUGUGUUCCUUUAAAUAAAACCAGUCAUUUGUUUUGUAGAUUGUUGUUUUGAUCAUAAGAAAUAAUGUUCACAUGGAAUGUUAAACAACACUGUCUUUAUACGACAAAGUUCAAAAAGUCUAAAAAUUGACAACUACUCCAAAAGGGGAGCAAAGGCGUUUUUGAAGUUACCUGUUAGUUAGUAUUGCAACAGCAUGAAACGUUUAGCACUACAAAGAAAUGUGUGAAGUAAUUCACAAACCUGCUGUUUGUUCAAUAAUGUUACAUUUUGCACGUUUUAGGACCUCUUUUGAAUCAGGAAUAUUUUUCCUCAUGUCUGAUAUCCUUAUGUCUGAAUGUGACUGAUAAUAAUCAAUUUAUAAAUCCUGCCUGUAUUGAGAUAAAUGUCUGCAAACUGCUGUUCUCAUAUUUUACACUGGUAAAGUACUGAUUUUCCAAAAGCUGAUGUUUGAUACUAAUUAUUAUUGUGUUAUGUUUAUGACAGUGCCUGUGCCCUUUUGACCACAAAAUGUUUCCAAUGUAGUGUAGAAAAACGUUUUGACCAGCCCUAUUUGACUUAAGAUUCCAUUCCGCCCAGCAGCUUUGCAUGAAUUUUACAUUUGUUUUACCAGUUUACCCCUCAAUUUUCCAAAGUUGUUACAAUUUAACUUCUAUCUCACGAUAAACGUUGUCAUGGACUUGUGUACUUCGAGCUGAAACCUGUAAAUAUGAAUGAUUUAUGUGUUAUAUGUAUAACGAUACAUAAAAUGUACAAAGCUAUUAAACAAAAUUACCAACGAA